UCUGACUGGAGUUUGAAUGGAGCUGCAUGCAAAUCUCGCCGGUCUUGUCUCUUUCUGUGGAUUACUGCGCGGCGGACGAAUGAUGAAUGCCUCUCCGAUGCUAGCGGGGCUGCUGCUGUACGUCUGCCUCACCUGCACAGGUGCGUCACAGGAACCAUGGGGCCUGCGCGAUGGGACGGGGGUGUCGGACGAGGUGGGCAACUUUUCCGAUCACUACGGAGACCUGGCCUUCAGGCUGUACCGCGGCCUGGUCGCCGACAGGCCCGAGGAGAACACCCUUUUCUCGCCACUCACCGUUUCCUCGGCCCUCGCCUUCCUGUCCGCCGGUGCGGGCUCGCGGACGCGGGCGGAGAUCCUCUCCGUGCUCGGCGUUUCCAACGACACUGUGGUAAACGUGCCGAGGGCGAUGGCGGCUCUGGCAGAAUUCACCGCCAGGCUCUCCGGGGAUAAAGGAGGGAUUAACCUGACUGCAGGGAGUUCCCUGCACGUGGAGAAGACCCUCAGUCUCCCUCACAAGCUCCGCAACCACUCCAGAGACGGGUACGACAGGGCCAUUCGCCCUGUGGACUUUUCCAAACCCCUGCAAGCCCAGAAGGACAUAAAUGCCUUCAUAAAACAGGAGACGGGAGGGAGAAUCACUGACUUCCUCCAAAGUUUAAACAGUUCUGCCAAAUCAGUCCUUGCAAACUACAUGUAUUUUAAAGGGAAGUGGCAGCAGCCGUUUUCACGUCGGCACACGGUGAACUGGCGCUUCCAGGUGAACGGCACGCUGGCGGCGGAGGUGCCCAUGAUGUUCCGGGACGACUCGGAGGAGCUGUGGAUGCUCUACGACACCAACUGCUCAGCCACUGUGGUGCGGCUGCCCUAUGCUGGGGGUCUGGCCAUGCUGCUGCUGCUGCCCAGGGGAGACCUGGACCAGCUGGAGCCAAGCCCCUGUCUCUCUGCCGCCAGGAUGAAGUUCUGGAGGACCAAUCUCAGGCCUGGGUACUGUUGCAAGGCCGGCUCCCUUCUGCUUCUCCUUUACAGACGAGCGGAAAUCCGUCUCCCGAAGUUUGUCCUGAGGAAGUCCUACCCACUGCAGAGCGUUUUGGAGCAGACAGGUGUCCGAACCCUCUUCACCGACUCCGCUGACCUGCCCGGCUUCGCGGUCCGUAAAGGGCUGAGGAUCCAGGCUCUGCACGAGGCCAUCCUGGAGGUGGACGAGACGGAGGCAGAUGAGCGGGGAGGCCAAGAUGCCGGACUGGACUUCUCCGAACCCCAGCGAAUCAUUUUCGACCGACCCUUCAUUUUCCUGGUCUACAAUGAACCCACUGGGACCAUCCUGCUAAUAGGAAAAAUUGUGAACCCCUCAGAAAACUAAAUGACUCCAGUUCCCUCUGACACCCUGCAAAGAAAACAUGAAAACAAAUGCAAAAAUCUCCC